UCACCCGUCUUUUCAACCCGUCUGUCUGUCCCAAAGGAUUUUUUGUUUUCUCCUCCUUCCAUACUAUCCACCAACCAAUUUUCGGACCAUGCCUGGUUUCGCCCUUUCCACUCUUUUUGCUGUAGCCAUUGCUUCAAAAGCCUUCGCUCAACCUGACCCAGCUGACCCUACCCCACUCACCGACAAGCAGUAUGCCUACCCUACCGGCAUCCCUUACCAAGUCGACAACGUCCCCAAUGCUAUUCGUGGCCCUCAAGUCGGUUUCAACAUCUGUAACUCCACCACUCAGAACCAGCAAUCCAUGUGUCAGACGUUGAUGAUGAACAAUAUCGGCGAUUUCUGUCUUUGGGCUCCUCCUCAGCCAAACUCUACUAUUGGUGACACGGAACAGGAGGAAGUCGCAUGGUGCUCCAAGAGUGGCUGGGGGACCCGUCUCAUCCCAGCGGGUGUCUUGACGGGUGUACAAGUUCUCAAGACUAGCAAGUACAUCCAAUUCGCCGGUUUCAUCGACCAAACUCAGGUCGACAUGCAAGCCGGUGACUACGGAGGAGAGCUUGACCCUCACGGUGCCGACUUGCGUGGCAACCCGCUUGGUGGCUUGGUGUACUCCAACGCUUUCCCUAGCAACAACGGGAACAACAACACCUUCCAGCAAGUCAUGGACUGGAACAGCUUCAUCGGUGGAAACCAGUUUUGCUUCACCAUCUGUGACCCCUCUACAUCCAGUGCAGACCAAUCUGCAUACUGCCAGAACACUUACGAUGAGAUUGGCUGCACGUACAACAUGCCCAACAAUGCUCAGAACGGUACCUUCGAAGUUUGUGAUGCUGAUCUCAAAACUCCCGUCGGUCUCUAUGUCACCAACGGCGUCACGAUGACAUAUACGCAGCCCUACACUGGUGUCCCCAGCCCCCCCUACACUCCCGUUGUUCCUAGCUCGUCCAACUGCGUUACUUACAAAUCGACUGACCUGUACACUGGCCUUCCUACCCCUACCGGGGCAUCCGCUUCCACCUCCACUGGCAGUUCCGGAAGUUCUGGCACCAGCACUAAAUCUUCUUCAUCUGCUGGUGCCACUUCCACCUCUAACGGCGCUGCUGCCAUCGGUGUCUCUUCUGUUGCUGGUAUUCUCGGCACACUCUUUGCCAUGGCUUUCCUCUCGUAAAGAAGGAAUUUUUCGAGCCUUUCCACCAUUCCGAGCGUAGGAUUCGCGAGACAUUUAAUACGUACUGCAUCUGUGUCUCGAUUUGAUGUUCUGCCUUGGUGACGAUAUAUGGACAAUCAUUAUAAGUUUACUUCAUCUUUAUCCUCAUUAAGUGUUGAACACUUGACCCUCAUAAUGGAACCUCUCUUUUGUGGAUACCCUGAAACAGAUAUCAUACAAGUCCUG